GGAAAUUUAUUGGUGAUUCUUGUUGUAACCAUGUCACGCAGACUAAGAUCAAUAACAAAUUUUUUCUUGGCGAAUUUGGCGGUGGCUGAUUUAUGCGUAGGAGUAUUUUGCGUCAUCCAAACGUUGACGUUUUACUUAAUUGAUAGCCGCACCGUAACGAACAUACAUCUCAAUGGGAUUAGUGAAGAGAUUUGCAUAAUGCAUCGCGGACUUUUUAGCUCUAAACUUUUGGAUUCAAUAAACUUAUCUGCGUUGUAUUUAUUACCUUUACUUGUUAUGACGAUUCUUUAUAGUCGUAUCGCAGUUGCAUUGUGGAGAAGCUCACAAGGAAUUGAACGAAACAUCGCAAUGCAUCAUACACCUGCUGAAAAUCAUGGAAAUGCCCAAACAUCUCAAAACGCAGCAUCAAAUCGAACAACUACCAAAUAUGAGAAACGUCCAGUAGGCCCUACUGAAAGUCAGGUUUCUGUUGAUUCUGAUAAAAUAAUUACAACGACUUGGCGUACACAGAGUUUUCACCACCAUAGGCACUGCCAUAGCCAACAUAGUGGCCACAGUCAUCAUCCAUCGCAUUCUUCAAAUAAUGUUCUAAGGGCGAGAAGAGGAGUCGUGCGAAUGCUUAUAAUUGUGGUUCUUACUUUCGCUAUAUGUAAUCUUCCCCUGCAUGCUCGCAAAUUAUGGCAAUACAUGUCAAUCAAUUAUCACGGUGAAUCGAACUUCAGUGCUCUGUUAACACCAAUUACAUUCCUAAUAUCUUAUUUUAAUUCUGCAUUCAAUCCCUUGCUUUAUGCGUUUUUAAGUCGCAAUUUUCGCAAGGGAAUGCGAGAAAUAAUCUUAUGUUCAUUCAAAAAAAGUAACAAAAAAACGCAACAACGAAUACCAUUACAUGUGAGUAAAUCAGUUUUUUGACACAUUUAUACAUACAAGAAUUUGGUAGCACUGAUGAUUUUAAACUCACAAAAUUGAGGAGAUGCAAAAAAGAUAAAAAACAUCAGACAGUCAAUUUAAAGCAUAUUUGAUAUUUCAAUAAUUAACUUAUAUUUAAUUUAUAUCUAGAAAGAGUAUAGAAAGUGGAUUGAUUUCAGGUUAAAAAAAAACCUUGAAAUAUAAAAAAUACAUAGACUCAUGUACCUAUCAUUCAAGAUCUUGACUCGUUAAAUUGAUACAAAUUCCAACAUCUGCAUCAACGGCCAAGAAUUGUAAAAACGUUCACUCAAUGAUGAUAGCAACGGAUACAUGAAUGCACUAGGAUAGAAACAACUCCAAAGAACAAAACAAAACACCGCUUUUUCAUAUCGCGCUCAGUAGUAUAACUAGGCGGUGUCUCAAAACUAACCCUCCCCCAAAAUGAUAUCGUCCCAAUUUUCGUUAAGAAUUAUUACUAUAAACCAAAAAGGAAUGGAUUCCAGGGAAAAAAAUGCAGUAAUAUCGUAUUGCAGAAAAAGUUUGAUAAUUCACAACAUCCAUAUAAAAAAGUUUGGAAACUAACCAUUUACAAACACCAUCUGUAAUCUUUUCAGAAAAGUUUUCCUCAGUGUACAUUAUUAUCGUAAAAAAUAAAAAUUAAUCGUUUAU